AUGGCCGCUCCCCACAACUCGGGAUACCUUCAGGCGACCGAUCCCACUAAACCACGCUCCGACGCAGCCGUUCCCUUCCGCGAUAUUAUACCUCCGCCCUCACACCCUCGAAUUGCUGGUAUAGCUGACCAUAAUGCCCUCAGUUGGUGCGAGUCGAGGAGAAUGAUUGAGGCCCCGGCUUGGUUAAUUAACCGUCUUGAUGCGAAGAAUUUGGAGACGCCAUAUAUAGGAUUUACCUCGGAUGGAAAGGUUAGAACCGGGUUGUAUCACUAUGCCGAGGACGAAGGUGCGCCGACUGAGCAGGUUAUUGCCAAAGCGGUGCACUUGCUGAGCCUUUUGCCAUCGGACCAAAAGGGAGCCGUGCAAUUUGGACAGGUGACGGAUGAUGCUUUCAGGUUGUGGUCUAACCCAGAGCUUUACAUGAACCCUGGCGGCCUUCGGCUUGAUGAAUGCUCAGAAGGUAUCCAAACCGCCGUCCACACCAUUUUCAAAGCCUCGUUCUCGCCACAAGGCUACGAGAAAGUCCUUGGCUGUUGUCUUACAAACGGCUUCCUCGGUCAUCUUGUCAACGGCAAGAAAGUCCUAAAUGAGCAUUCUUACAACUUCCGUCUCUUCGGUACUCCGUCCCUCUCUUCGCCAUGGGGUUAUACAUUCUUUGGGCAUCAUCUUUGCCUAGCAGUCGUAUUUCUAGGGAAGAGAAUGGUCAUUGGGCCUACCUUUAUGGGAGCAGAACCAGAUAGGAUUGAUGAGGGACCCCAUGCCGGGUUGCGAUUAUUUCGGACUGAAGAAUUAGUGAGCUUGAAGCUGAUGCAGGGAUUGCCAAAAGAAUUACAGGACAAGGCUACCUUGAGUAAGGGAAUGGAUGGUAACAGCUUGGCUGCUGAUCGGUGGAAUCCGUUUGAUGAAAGACAUCUUGGUGGUGCGAGGCAGGAUAAUCGAGUUUUGCCUUAUGGUAUAUAUUUCUGGUAUAUUUUGAGGCCUCCACUGACGAGGUACACAGAGGGCUGUCUCGUCUCAGAGUUCCCGCCAGCAAGCCAAGACAGCAUCAUCAAUCUUUUUCUUGCUUUCAACGAAUAUUACCCAGAGUCAGUUCUCCAACAUCGACUGGCACUGUUCAAGAAGCACUUGAAUGAGACAUAUUUUGCCUGGAUUGGAGAAUUCGGAGAUGAGGAUCCGUACUAUUACCGUAUUCAUAGCCCUGUUGCGUUUAUGGAAUUGGAUUUCCACUGCGGAAGUAAGUCCUACAACUCCUUAUUUGCCUAUCUGUGA